AUGGCGGAGUGUGAAGUUUCAACUGAAAAAGUUGGGAAGAUUUUGGAGUCAAAGUUGGGUGAACUUUCAAAGAAGGCAUCUUCCCCCUCUUUCAUUUUCAAGGCGCCUCGUGAGCUGCGUUGGGUAAAUGAAAGUGCCUUUGAGCCGCAAAUCAUCUCCAUAGGCGCAUACCACCACGGUAAACCUCAUUUCGAGGCAAUGGAAAGAGAGAAACUCCAUUAUUUAGAUAGCAUUCGCCAACAGACCGAAGGUUUGGAACACUACAUCGCCGCCUAUAUGUCCAUAGAACAGUUUGUUUGGGAUUCCUACGCGGAACAUGAUCAUAAGGAACGUGACAAAUUUGGGGCGAUUAUAGUCCUCGAUGGGUUGUUUGUUGUUCAACUCUUUCUCAAAGUCAUGGAUCCAAAAUUGAGAGAAGAAAACGAUGCCCUCUUCAAGCAGAAUUUGAAUCUAUCUAUUGUGGCACAAGAUUUGUUGCUGCUCGAAAAUCAACUUCCUUUUCGUACCGAAGGAAGUCGGAAGAAGUCUCCAGUCCGUAAAGUAAAGAGACGCGUGCCACGGUUAGUCAUAAGAUCUGCAACGGAACUGUCAGAGCGAGGAAUCAGGUUCCGCAAAAGCUUCGGAAGUUGCUUGUUUAACAUCCAAUUUGAACGUGGAAUACUUUUUAUUCCGACCUUGAUAGUCGACCACGAUACCGAGCGAAUGUUUCGGAACCUCAUUGCUUACGAACAAUUCAAACAUGAUAUUAGCAUCGUAAUGGAUUAUGCUAAAUUCCUGGACUGCCUCAUCAACUAUGCCGACAAUGUGGCUUUGCUAUGCGACUGUGGGGUAAUCGAGAAUCGGCUGGGUAGCAACGACGAUGUGGCCAAAAUGAUUAACAAGCUUAACGAGUACGUUUAUCUAUGCACCGAAAACUUCUAUUAUUCCCAUAUAUUUAAUAAGGUGAACAAGCACUACCGUCGACCAGUAACCUUAUGGAAGGUGAAACUGAGGCAGAAAUAUUUCGGUACCCCUUGGGAUUGGGUUCUCGCUUCCAUUUCUGCUGCCACUCUCUUGCUCAUACUUUCCUUUCUGCAAACUAUAUUCUCGGCUCUUUCUUAUUUCAAUCAAAGUGCAAGAUGAUUGUUUUUCAUGCACUCAUGCUUUUUAUGUUUGGUUUUGGUUAUUAAUGUUUGGGGUUUUGCUUGUAAUAAUUCAUGUUCGUUAUGUUUUUUUCCAGUUUAGAAUCAAACAAGUUUUAUUCCUA